CACCGUCAACAUCCGCAGCAGUCAUCACGACGCAUCCCUCAGGAAACGACGCGUAUCACCACCACCACCACCACCAUCCGCACCGGGGCGCGCGGUAUCGCAACAGUGAGGUUAGCAGUAGCGGCGCCGGGGGCAGGAAAAUGCAUCCAUCGAAAAAGAUGAUGCCGGCCGAACUUGAGGAUCACGAGAAGGGCAAGCUGUUCGUCGGCGGACUGUCCUGGGAGACGAGCCACGAGAACCUGCAGCGCUACUUCAGCCGGUACGGCGAGGUCAUCGACUGCGUGGUGAUGAAGAACAACGAGACGGGCCGUUCGCGUGGCUUCGGGUUCGUGACCUUUGCCGAUCCGGAAAACGUGGAGCGGGCGCUCGAAAACGGGCCGCAUACGCUGGACGGUCGGACGAUCGAUCCGAAACCAUGUAAUCCGCGCUCGCAGCACAAGCCGAAGCGUACGGGCGGGUAUCCGAAGGUGUUUCUCGGUGGAUUGCCGCCCAACAUCACCGAAACGGAUCUGCGCACGUUCUUCUGCCGCUACGGCAACGUGAUGGAGGUGGUAAUCAUGUACGAUCAGGAAAAGAAGAAAUCGCGCGGUUUCGGGUUCCUUUCGUUCGAGAGCGAGGGUGCGGUUGAACGGGCCACCGCGGACCAUUUCGUGCACAUCAGUGGUAAGCAGGUGGAGGUGAAGAAGGCGGAACCGCGCGACGGUAACCAGAACAAUAGCAACAGCAUGAACACGGACUCGUACCAGUGGGGCUCGCCGCAGGCACCGCCGAUGGGCAACGGGCAGAUGGGUGGACCGCCGAUCAACAUGCAGUCCAACAUGAUCCAGGGCUACCAGAGCUGGGGUACGUCUCAGCCGCAGCAGGGUUACGCUGGGUACGGGGCCGGUGCGGCCGGUGCUGCUAACGCGUACCAGAGCUGGGGAGGACCUCCACCACCGCAGCAGUGGGGUAACUACAGUGCGACCCCGCAGCAAACGCAGGGAUACGGUGCGUACGACAUGUACAACAACUCGGGCGCCGGUAGUGCCGGUGGUUACGGUUCUGGCAACUGGAAUUCGUGGAACAUGCCACCGAAUACGGCUGGUUCGGCUACGGGCUCUACCGCGGACAUGUACUCGCGCCCACAGUCGGGCCCAACGGCCGGACCGGGUGCAUCGGCCGGCCCUAACAGCGGUGGACCAUCGAAACCAGGUUCGGAGUAUGGGGGUGGUUCGGCUGCGUACGGUGGCGGUGCAGCUGCUGCGGCGGCUGCCGCUGCUGCGGUAACCGGGUACAACUAUUACCAGAACGAUCAGAACACGUACAACAAUCGGCCACGUUCGGUGUAUGGUGCUGGUAGCGAUGCUACCUCCCAACCGCCCUACCAAGCGUUCUAAAGCGGACGGA